AUGGCAGCUAGACGAGAGCCGGUGCGCGACACCGCCAGGGAUAUCAUCAUGAAUACUCAGUAAGUUGUAGGUUUAGGUAACAUUAUGUUUCGUAAGUUAAAAGUUUAGAUAAAAGCAUCUAUUGUAAGUUGUAAGUAUAGGUUAUAUUAUGUUUAGUACCCUCUUUUUUAAAAGAAAAAAAUGUAAAAAUUAAAAAAAAAAUUUUUUAAAUUUCAUUUUAGGCCAUCAGGAAGAGGUCCAAGAAGACCAAGAGAUGGGUACGCCUCUUUACCGGUAUCUAGAAGAGUAAGUAUUGUAUCAUACUGCCCUACCCUACCCUACCCUACCCCACCCUACCCUACCCUACCCUACCCUACCCUACCCUACCCUACCCUACCCUACCCUACCCUACCCUACCCUACCCUACCCUACCCUACCCUACCCUACCCUACCCUACCCUACCCUACCCUACCCUACCCUACCCUACCCUACCCUACCCUACUCUACCCUACCCUACCCUACCCUACCCUACCCUACCCUAUCCUACCGUACCCUACCCUACCCUACAUUGUAUGAUAAAUAAGGUAGUAAUAACAUACCAUACUUCACUCUUUUUAUCUUAUCUUACCCUACCCUACCAUACCUAAACUUUUAGCUUUCCUCCCCCUCCCUAGAUUAAAAACUCCCUCCCCCUGCUCCCCUUAGAUCACUAGCUAACAUGAUUUGUAAAUCUCUGUUACAGAACUCAGGAAAUGCUCAAAACCGCCAAAUCGCCGAGCUACAGAGCCAAGUCGACCAACUUCGGCGGCAACAAUCGGACCUACUAGGUGCUAAUGAGGUACAAAUUUAGCCCCAAAAUGAUUUUAUUUCAAUUUUUAGGCCAGUCGACGCCAAAAUGAAGCCAUAACUAACCGAGUACAACGUCAGGUCGGAUAUCUCAGCAACGGAGCAACGUAAGCAAUUUAUCUGUUCCUUAACUUUGUUACCUACGACAAUAUAACAUAGCUUGUACCUAGUAUAAUAUCAAAUGUCAUACCUAUUAGGAUAUGAAAUCUCUUAUAUCUACUAAAAUACAAAAUCCUUAUACCUACUACAAUAUAUUAUCAUAAUACCAUGUUGAAUUUUAUAGUAACCGGGACAUGGACGAGAUACGACGCGCCUUGUCGGCGAUGGAAAAUCGAGUAAGUUCAAACUAUAAUGCCUAAAAUAACAUUUUGUAGCUACCCCCUUAAUGUUUUUGAAUACCCUGCCUCCUAUUCACAACAAAUCACCCCUCCUUCAAAAAAAAAUUACCAUUCCCUACGUGUUCAUAAGUAUAAAAAUGUUUGUCGAAAAUAUGUGUAGAUAAGCCUAAGUUCCUAAGCCUAAAUAUGUAAAUGAAAGCCUAAGAAUGUGCAAUUAAGCCUAAAAUGUGUGCCUAAAAUAUGUUUAGAUAAGCCUAAGCUACGCGAGCCUCAAAUAUAUGGUCUUAGACUUAAAAAUGCGCAGAUAAGCCUAAAAAUACACGUCAAAAAAUGUAGGUAACCCUAAGUUCCGCAAGCCUAACGUAUGUAGACUUAAACCUAAAAAUGUUCAGUUAAGCCUAAACAAUGUGGAUUUAAGCCUAAAAAUUUCCAGUUAAGCCCAAAGAUAAGCGCCUAAAACAUAUAGAUGCGCCAAAGUCACCUAAGUCUAAAACAUAUAAACUUAAGCCUAAAAAUGUACAUUUAAGACUAAAAAAUGUACAUUUAAGCCUAAAAAUGUACAGUUAAGCCUAAAAAUGUACAUCCAAGCCUAAAAAUGUACAGUUAAGCCUAAAAAUGUACAGUUAAGCCUAAAAAUGUACAUUUAAGCCUAAAAAUAUGUUCCCCAAACAUCAUUCCUAAGCCUAAAGCAAUAUAAACCACCCCUUUUCCAGAUGCUACUAUUUGGACAAGAGCUGUCGUCGAUGAAAGGCGCGGUCGAUAGACACACCAACGACCUGAUUACUAUUAAUAACGACGUGAAAUCACGCCCGCUCGCUGAUCAAGCAGUAUGUUUACAUUGUUAUCGUGAGCAAAGAACGACAAUCAUUGAGCUUUAUGCCUGUGAAGUUCAUUCAAACCUUUAAAAAUCAUUUUUAUUAGGUUGAUCAUAUAAUUCUGUGUCUUCUAACGCCAAAAAUUGCUUUGUGUUGGGCACAGAAUUAUUUGAACUACUUAAUAUUAUAGAUGGUCCAGUAAUUCUUUUUUAUUAAUUACCGGUCAAAAAGUACGUAGAAGAAAUUUUUCGAGAAAAAUUGUGUUUUUCAUAAGUUCUACAAACUUUUUGACCGCUUCUAAUUUUUUCUAUGUACUUUUUGACCUCUUUAAGAGAAUAGCCUCAAAUGCCCAGCAAAUCGACUCUCGCCUCCGUGAUUUGCACAAUCAACUACUUGGAGUACGAAGAAACGUCGAGAAUGAAGUUAGCGAACGGGUCCGGGCCAAUCAAACUCAACAGGAGACGUAAGUGAAUCAUGAAAACACACCCCACAAAAAAUGUUUUUAAAUUUACCACGCCCUUCUAAUUGAAACAUGAAAAUCCCUCCCGUUCGAUCAAAAACCCCACUCCACAACUAACCGUAUCUCUGAAGAACCAUCCGCCAAUAUCGUUACUACCUAAUUUCCAGAAUCAACCGCCUCCAAGAAUACAUACGACAACAAGAAGCCAGUAAGAAUGACCUGUUGGCCAAUGUGACACGACGAAGCGAUUUGGACAAAGCUAAAUUAGAUGAGGAGACACGAAGACUGAAUGACAGAAUACAGUUGAUCACAACUGAAGUUUCGAGGAAUCUGAACGACCGUGAGCAACGGUUACGUGACGAUCUGCUCCAGAAGUAUAACGGGGUUCAAAUGGUAAGACGAUAUCAUUAAAGAUGACAGGUUUUCUGGAAAUUAUGACAUAUUUUUAAGAAACCAUGACAUGCUUUCUGGAAAAGAUGACAUGCUUUCUAUAAAACCAGCCACAACGGAUGACGUAUUUUUAAAAAUUUCAAAAUUUCAGAGUGUGAAAUCCCAAUUCGACGCGCGUUUAGAACGUGAAAACGAGCUUCAACGUGCGCUGGAAGACCGGCUCCGCAGCCAAAAUCAGCAAAUCGACCAGAACAAGAACCAAAUUCAACAGCAAAAGCAGAAGAAUAAGGAGCGUUUCCAAAAGGUGAAUAAUGCGUUGGCAACGUUGGAGAAAUACUUUGAUGCUGGGAAUAAGAAGAUCGACAAGUUGAUGAACUCGGAGAUUCAGGCGAGGUACGGCUAUAAUGAGGGGUUUUGGAUAGUGUAACAUCAUAAAAGGUGAUUUUGGGAUGCCGUAACAUCAGAAAAGGUGUUUUUUGGGUACUGUAACAUUAAAAAAACACAUUCUUGAUUAUUUUAGAACUUUUUCUUACUUUCUAGAAAAUAUGUCAUCUUGUCCAGAAAAUAUGUCAUCUUAUCCAGAAAAAAUGUUAUUUUGUUCAGAAAAAGUUUCAUCUUGAGAAAAUAUGUCAUGAUAUUACAAAAAAUUAAAAAAUAAUUUUUCAAAAAUAUGUCAUAUCUUUCAGAAAGUAUACCAUAAUUUCAAAAGAAAAUCAUUUUUUGUUUACAGUAAGCCCAAAACCACCCUUUCACCUACUAUAACAUCGAAAAAAGGCUAAAAAUUAAAAAUUUUGUCAUUUUUUAAAUUCUUUUUUUCAGAAGAGUCCAUGAAAACAAUUUACUGGGAAAAGUGUCGAAUAUGGAAGAGAAAGUGAACACUUAUCUGAACAGCUUGUCCAGUGCUGUGGAUGAAGUUCGAGCUGGAAAUGAGAAUGCCAAAGUUCCUAAUAUUGACAUUGAGGCGGUAAGACAUGACUUCUUUUUGAAAACGAUGACACAUUUUGUGGAUUUCUCAAUGACAUUUUUUCGAAUUUAAGGAUUAUGAUUUUAGGCUUAAAAAUUAUGUUAGCCUUAAAAAUGAUUUUAGGCUUAAAAAUGAGUUUAAACUUAAAAAUGAUAUUAGGCUUAAAAAUGAGUUUAGGCUUAAAAAUGAUAUUAGGCUUAAAAAUGAGUUUAGGCUUAAAAAUAAGUUUAAGCUUAAACAUGAUUUUAGGCUUAAAAAUAAUUUUAGGCUUAAAAAUGAUAUUAGGCUUAAAAAGGAUUUUAGGCUUAAAAAUGAUUUUAGGCUUAAAGACGAAAGUUUAGGUACAAAAUGACAUUCUUUUUUAGUUGAGACGAGAAAUGGAAGCGAUAUCAGCUGAUAAAAGCAAAUUGAGUAUGGAAGGAUUACUCAAAUUGGAGGAAAAAAUGUCAAGGAUACAACAUUGUAAGUUGAUACACUGAGAUAUGCGUGCUAUAUAGUACAUACAUUAAGUACGAAGCAUACUGUAGCAUAGGGGUGGAGUAAGAGUAGGGGUGGGACAAGGGUAGGGAUAAGAAAACAUACCAAGACACUAAGCUGAACCCUUUUCUUAUAAAAUUGUCCCAAGUAUUAAACAGUACCACUUUCAGCCCUAAACCGUGACAAGCGAGAGCUUCAAAACAAAGUCCUCGAUGGCAAUGAUGCUCGCCAAAACAAGGUCAAAUCUCAAAUGGCAAAACUCGACGAACUACUGGACGACGUGGAACGUACUCAAGACCGAGUACGAGACAAAGUUGAACGACAAAUUCCACGUGAUCUCAAUGAGUUAUCGGCCAAAGUAGACAAUCUUAAACAACAAAUGACACGACGAAUCGAUCAUGAGGAAGAAGAAAGGUAUCUGGCGAUUAAAGAGCUACAAGACGCUUAUGGAAGAAUGGCAGUUAGGAAUAGGGCCAGUCAACGGGAUGGUACUGGCAAUGUUUCUUCGGUAAGUUAGGGAGAUUUUGUGGAAAAUUGGUUGAAAUUUGGAAAUUCUAUGGACUUUUUGACCAAAAUAACAAAAUUUUUGGAUUCUACGGACUUUUUGACCAAAACAGCCCAAGAUUUAUCAUUUCUAAGAACUUUUUGACCGCAAAAACAUAAUUUUAAAAAGAUUAAAUGCCAUUUUAGUCCGCAUUAAAACGCGACAUAGACGAAUGCAAAGUUGCGAUUCAGAAGCUUGCUGAAUCCGUUACGACCGUCAAAAACGUUCUGGACCGACGGAUUUUGGAGGAAAUUCGAAAGGUAAGACAAUACUUUAAACUAGGCAGUAUAAUAUAAUAAAAUCAACAGUAUAAUACAAAAAUAUCAACUAAAACAAUAUAAAACAUAAACUAAAACAAUAUAAAAAAACCAUAUUUUUAGCGAGAAUCAGACGUAGAGACACUAACAGCAAGAUGCGACGCUUUGGCACAACAAGUAGCUCAAAGGGCCGGUUAA